AGCCUAUUUUUGCCUGCUAUUUACUUUACCCACAUUACUGUUUGUGAGGAAAACAACAACUAAAUCAGCGCCUCAAACCCUGCUUAACCAUAAACCACUAUUUCGAAACUGGGAGGAUCUUGCAACAGUGUCGUUCAGUCCUUCCAGCAAACACAUGACCAGCCAGGCCUGAAAUCAACAAAGAUCCGCUGCGUUUGCCAUCAUGAUCCAAACUCGGACUUUUUUACUUUUUGCUUUUGUUUUCUUUGUCUUCUGUUUUGUAAUAGUUUUUGGUCAGACGACAAGUCCAGAAACAAACUGCACUAUAAAAUCCAACACAACUUGUGAAGAAUGUCUGAUGAUUGUUUCGUGUUUGUGGUGCAUCUCAAGCCAGAAAUGCAUUGACUAUCCAGUGAAGAGCAUUCUGCCCUCUCACAGUGUUUGCCCUCUCUCAGAAGCACGAUGGGGAGUAUGCUGGAUGAAUUUCCAGACUCUCAUCAUUACCAUCUCUGUGAUCGUGGGGGUGAUCAUCAUCGCCAUAUUUGUCUGCUGCUUCUGCUGCUGUAAAUGUGAAAACAUUGGGUCUAAAAGGAGUGACGUGCGAAUGGAGAGACAAGGUCAUCUGAGAAAGUUCCGUCAAGAGGAGAGGAAAGCAGAGAUGAGGCAGAGACAUGAAGAAAUGCGAUUGAAAUACGGUUUGAAAAAGGAUAACCAGUACUCCAGAUUUGAGAACAGCUAAGAAACUUGUGAUGAUGCUCCACUGUUGUCUUUUCUUUUACCUCACACCUAUUGUAAAAAUGAACACAUUUCCCUGCACAGCCAGCACUCCAUUUUUCUUUGAGUUUGAAAGACACUGAAUAUACCAGUUAGCAGCUGACCACACAAACAUACAUUGCUUUUGGCUUGACAUUUAAUUAACUCACCUGGAUUUUCGAUGAAUCUUCAAGCAAACCACAAUAUGAAGCCUUGUAAAUAUAGUACAUGGAUUCAUUUUUAUUUAGCCUCAGCAAAUUUUAGUUGUGUAGCUUUUUACUCAGAUUAAACUAGGACUUGUCUUGCAUAAAUAUAGAAAACGUGCUAUAAUACAGUGCGCUUUAUAGAUUAAUGUCCCACACAUUUCAAAUUGACAAAUUGAUUUGUCUCUGCCUUUGCUAAUUUGUUGGCAUUUCAAUGUAAUUUGUCUAUGUGCUGCAUUUUUUAAUGUUUUGAUCACUAGCUUGUUGUAUUUACCAAAGGGUUGAUUUGUCAGUGCAAUUGACAAAAGUCAAAUAAACUGUGAGAAAGAUAUCAAUAAAAGUGAAUAUUGUACAGCAAA